GUCAUGUGAACUCUCGACGCGUCAGAGACGAUUCAGUCUGUAUUUUAUAAACUCCACAGUAAAGUUUUGUGUGGAAGCGGAAGCAAGAAGAACGAUUGCUGCUCAAAAUACCCUCCUGCAGGAGCCGAAUAAAAGAGUCGAUUCUUACUGAAGCGCCUCGGCACGCGCGCAGACCGGAGUAAGCUCGUGACCAGCGGCUCCACACAGGAAGACAGCAUGAGCAGCGAAAACCGGGAGCUGGUUUAUCUCCUGACCGGAGGAUGUGGGUUUCUGGGCCAGCAUCUGCUGAAGGUUCUGCUGGAGAAGGAGGAGAAGGUGAAGGAGAUCCGGCUCUUCGAUAAGCACAUCGACUCCAGCCUGGAGGACUACAGCACAGGUACAGAAAACUGGAGUGAAGGAAAAAAACUGCUGAACUUUGACCUUUGUAUUACACCAACCUCCAGAACAAGAGCUGAGCUUCUGCUGCUUUCACACAGAGAGUGGGUGAAGGUGGUGGUCAUUCAGGGUGACAUUACGGAUUACUGCAGUGUUUUGGAGGCGUGUCAUGGAGCUGACCUGGUGGUCCAUUCUGCCAGUCUGGUGGACGUGUGGUACCGAGUCCCAGAAGAAACCAUUUACAGCGUCAACGUUGGAGGAACAGAAAACGUGAUUAAGGCGUGUCAGGAGCUCGGGAUCCAGCACCUGGUGUACACCAGCAGCAUGGAGGUGAUCGGACCCAACGUGAAGGGAGACACCUUCAUCAGGGGAGAUGAGGACACGCCAUAUAACGUCUGUCACGACAUGCCGUACCCCAGGAGUAAAUCCCGGGCAGAGAAACUGGUGCUGGAUGCCAACGGAACCAAGGUUGCCGGUGGUUCGACUCUCUACACGUGUGCUCUGCGUCCCACAGGGAUCUACGGUGAAAACCACGAGCUGAUGAAGGAGUUCUACAUGAUGGGAGUUCGCAACUUCGGCUGGCUCAUUAAAGGAGUUCCACGCAACACGGAGCACGGGCGUGUCUACGCAGGAAACGUGGCGUGGAUGCACGUGUUAGCGGCGCGGGCUAUACGCGAGCGUCCCAAACGUCUGGGAGGCGAAGUGUACUUCUGCUAUGAUGAUUCUCCCUAUAAGAGUUACGAGGAUUUCAACAUGCAGUUCCUGUCUGCGUUUAACUUCCGCUCUCUGCACAUGCCCAUCUGCGUGCUCUGGAUGAUCGCCUGCUUCAAUGAGGUACUGCGCUGGCUGCUGAAGCCCAUCUGCAACUUCACACCUCUGCUGAACCGCUACACACUCGCCAUCGCCUGCACCUCCUUCACCGUGCGCUCAGACAAGGCACUGCGCCACUUCGACUACCGCCCGCUGUACGACUGGCCGCAGUGCCGAGCGCGCACGCAGAGGUGGGUGGACACCUUCCCCCUGGACACCGGCGGCAAGGAGGUGUGACCACAGAGAGCAUCGGGAGACACAUCAUCAUCACACACACACACACACACACACACACACACACAGUGUACACAAACAGGGACCAGGGACUAAUAACAAGAAGGGAACAGUGUGACCACGCCCAUUUUUAAUCCUCAAGAAUAUAAACAGUAUAAAGAAUUUAUAAGAGAAUAAUAACCAAAAUAUUUAUUAUUAUUAUUAUUAUUAUUGGUGCAGGUUUAUUACUCUAAACAGCUAGAUGUGUAACUGAUACAUUUAGCACUGUUAGCAUUAGGUUUGUUAGUGGAGGUGAAAAGGGAAGUGAGGUUUAAGUCCAGGUUUAGUUUCUGAUUUAGUUCCAGGUUUAGGUCCAGGUUUAGUUUCUGAUUUAGGUCCAGGUUUAGGUCCAGGUUUAGUUUCAGUCUCGAUCCGUUUGUUCAUACAGAAAUGUAGAUGGACGUUUUCCCUGAUUGCUGCUGAGUUCUGGACUCUGAUUGGUCAGAAGGUUCUUGAAUUGUUCUGUACCUGAUGUUCAGUGAGAGGACACGUUCUCCUGAACACCUACAGCUGAAGAAAGCUGAAUAUUUUUCACUUUAUUUUUCUAGAUUAUGAAUAUUUAAUUAGAAAUAUUUCAUUAGAAGGUUUAAUACGGAUUAGUUAAUAAUGAUUACUCCGGAAUUUAAUUCUCCUAUGGUGGUGCACACAUCUGGACUCUCAGACGGAGUCGAGAUCAUCAGCUGCUUCUGAAGAACUCGGAUAUGUUGAGCUUCACUCAAAGCCGCGUUUCACUGCUAACAUUUCUGAGUUCGCACGUUUCUGCGUGUUUAACAGACAUUAACCCAGGUGCUUCUGCCCCACUGAUAGUAUUUACACUUUCAACGCCAGAGAGAAGGACGAAACCUUCCUUCCUUCCCUCCCUUCCUCUUUCUCUCCUCUGUGUCAUUAACUCACUUCACUUCCUGACUUCUCAGUAUAGCACAAAACAUUUUAUAAAAUAUUUAUUACUCUCAUUUUCUGUAAUUAAAAAGUUUAAUUAUAAAGAUAUUUAUUUGCAUUAUGUAAAUGUAUUGCGAAUGUCAUUAAAGUGCAAUAACAAGAACA